ACUGGGGGUGCGUUCUGAGCCCCAGCCCAAGUCAGCUCUAUGCGCAGGGCCGAAACUGGGAGGGAGGGAAAGGUACGACGGUCCUGAUGGCACACUGACGUCGAGAGGCCCGAAGAAGAAGAAGAGAGGAGAAGCCGUUACCCGUGAACCUCAACUGGCCCUGGGUAUUCAGCUUGUGGGGCCCAAUCGCACCACUCCUGGUCAUCGCUUCCAAUGCAGAAGGAACUGCUUGCCAGCGGGACAGUGAUGGUGAGAACACAGCCAGCGCGGUUGCUGUGAUAUGAACCGUCCGUGCUGAUAGCCUACCUUGUCGCAAGAUGACGGGACGGAGGUGUGCGGGCUCGGUGUCGCAGCGUCCGCCACAGCCGUGUGCAGUGCUCCUCAUUGUUGUCGUCUAGACUGUACCUACAUACAUACAUACAUACACACAUACGCGCGUUCGCCACAUUUUAGGAGACGAAGAACACAAAGAUGCGAGGCGUCACAGUGAUUCAAGACGUACCCGCCUCCUGGGGUGUCAUCAUGCUGGCGGUCACGUCAGCGAUUCUUCGGCCCGGCAGUCCCGGGCCCUUCGCUCAAGCAGCGACCGGAGGUGGGAGUAUGCUGGGUGACGUCAACAUCUCCGCCAUCUUGGACUCCUUCAGCGCAAGUUACGACAAAAGAGUAAGACCGAAUUAUGGAGGUCCACCCGUGGAGGUUGGAGUCACAAUGUACGUCCUUAGCAUCAGCUCGGUGUCCGAAGUGUUGAUGGACUUCACAUUGGAUUUCUACUUUCGUCAAUUCUGGACGGACCCGAGGCUUGCGUUUCGAAAGCGUCCUGGCGUGGAGACCCUGUCAGUGGGAUCCGAGUUCAUCAAGAACAUCUGGGUACCGGACACCUUCUUCGUCAAUGAGAAGCAGUCCUACUUCCAUAUUGCUACCACAAGCAACGAGUUCAUCCGCAUCCACCACUCCGGUAGCAUCACGAGAAGCAUACGGUUGACCAUUACCGCAUCUUGUCCAAUGAACCUUCAGUACUUUCCCAUGGACAGACAACUUUGCCACAUUGAAAUCGAGAGCUUUGGAUACACAAUGCGUGAUAUUCGAUACAAAUGGCACGACGGGAAAAAGUCAGUAGGUAUCUCCAGCGAGGUACAGCUGCCUCAAUUCCGUGUCCUCGGGCACAGACAGAGGGCGACCGAAAUUAACCUGUCCACAGGAAACUACUCUCGUCUGGCUUGCGAGAUUCAGUUCGUUCGUUCCAUGGGCUACUACCUCAUCCAGAUCUACAUUCCAUCUGGUCUGAUCGUCAUCAUCUCCUGGGUCAGCUUCUGGCUGAACCGCAACGCGACACCCGCCAGGGUGGCCCUCGGCGUCACCACCGUGCUCACGAUGACCACCCUCAUGUCGUCCACGAACGCGGCGCUACCCAAGAUUUCCUACGUCAAAUCAAUCGAUGUUUACUUGGGAACUUGUUUCGUCAUGGUCUUCGCAUCUUUGCUUGAAUACGCCACCGUUGGGUACAUGGCGAAAAGGAUCCAAAUGCGAAAGAAUCGUUUCCUUGCCAUCCAGAAGAUAGCGGAGCAGAAGAAGGCUGGUUUAGAUGCGGCUCAUGCACCUCCCCCGGGACCCCCAGGGGAAGGUGACCAUGCGCCCAAACAAACAGUGAGUGUCGCCAGCCAAAACUGCAGCACCAUCCCGCGGGGUCACGACGCCCCGCACGCACAACCGCAUGGGGAGGUGCGAUUCAAAGUUCACGACCCGAAGGUCCAUUCGAAGGGCGGCACUCUGGAGAACACGAUCAAUGGGCGUGCUGACGAAGAGGCCGCUGCCCCUGCACCCCAGCACCUCAUCCACCCGGGCAAAGACAUCAACAAGUUGUACGGAAUCACACCCAGUGACAUCGACAAGUAUUCCCGCAUCGUGUUUCCUGUCUGCUUCAUCUGCUUCAACCUCAUGUACUGGAUCAUCUACCUGCACAUCAGUGACGUCGUGGCAGACGACCUCGUGCUUCUGGACGAGGAGAAAUAGAAACGUGUAGACCCACUAGCAGCACGACUUAUCAGAAGACUCACGCUGUAUAAACUUAAAUCCAUAAAGAGGUUUAAACAUGUCAGGUUACCACAUUAUAAAUAUGUGCUGUAUUCUAAAACAACAUUCCCCUUACAUUUAGACAUCCGAAAUUGUGGUGCUGUUUGUUCAGACAUGCACAGAGUGAGGUGAAGUGUUCUCCGACAGGACUGUGCUAAUGUGACUAGGGUAUGAACCAAAUACAAUGGACAAUGUAUUCUUCUAUUCGACUCAGAGAAAACAAGAUUAGUAGACUGGACGUGAAACAUAAUUCGGACGUAAUGUGAAGUAAAAGAGUCAUGUGUUGGCUUGCGAAACAAUCGACUGUUUCCAUACAGAACGUCUUUUGAGCCGGUCCGUGUAAGACAGAAUGAAGGAUUAUGAAGCUAGUCGUUGCCAAGAUGAUGACGUUUCGCACGAGAUAUAUUUAUUUAUUUUGUAAUGAGCCAACAUCAAUAUUCAACAUAACGUAGAAAUGAAACUAUAGAUUGUUCGCCUUCCUACCCGUAUCCUCGUUAAGUAACACAUGGAGUAGACAAAUUUUCGUAAAUCUAUACAAGACAAAAUAUUCAUUCUCACACCAAAAUAUUGAAAAAAAAGCGAUAAGAUCGGCUUUGUUAACAAAUACGCGUAGAAAAUUCUUUAGUGUCUUGAGAGGUCAAUGAAGAAGGUCUUUGUGUGCCAUUGCAAGGAAGUGGUUACAUUUUGUUAGAUCUGCUGGAAAGAUCGCCAAUAUAAUUUAUUCACCCUUCCCAGAUAUAUUUUUAAAAAGGGAUAAUAUAUUGUUACAUAUAUAGAUUUCGACCCUCUAUUUUUAUUUUUAUGGAUAAAUACAAUACGUGUACAUGGUUGUCUCUAAUUUGUUGCUCCAAAAUAAUACGACUUUAUAUUGGACAUGAUCCACUAAUUUCUAGUUGUAUUGUUCCCUUCUAAGUAUAGUCUAUGAUAGUGUUAUGUUUGGAUGGAGGCGGGUUGUCGAGUUCUCUUGUUACAUGUUCCGAGAUCACAGGAAGAUGGCAGAUGCUGGGGUAUUCACCCUACAGCACCUCUCGUAUUACUCCAUGUGAUUAGCUUCCCUUCCCCCUCCCUCAAACAUUAUGUACAGAUAAUUUUAUACAAAAAGCAGAAGAAUAUAUUUAAAAAAAACUACGUGAGUCAUAUAAAGAGGAUGAAUAAAAUAUAUCCAACAUAUUACACAAUAGCCUAUAAGGUAAAUCAAACAUUUAUUAACUACUAGUUCUAAAAUCUUGCCUGACUCCUGUAUAAAUAAGCAUGAGACAGUGUUUUUCAUUGAUAGUAUGCGUGGGUGCGUGCGUGAUACGCUGAGUUCAAACAUAAAAGUAAAACCUCGUUUAAGUAAGAAACACAUGAAAAGUUCGGGCAUACGUGGUGGUUUCUCGACACAGCUUUAUUUUCCCAUCUAUACAAUUAAUUUUCUCUAGUUGUUUCACAAUUGCACAUCACGAAUUGCUCCUUCUCCUGUCGGUGAUGUUGUUAGUGUGGAGCUGAAUCUCAAAUCGAGAUCAAAUUUGCAAUAUACAGGAAAUUACGAUCACUAUUACUACUACGCUUAGUAACAUUUUUGAAAUACUUAAAGCAUGCAGCUCUUUAAAAAUAUAUCUACAAUUUAACCAUCACUACAAACACAUUCCAAUGCACAAGAUACGGAAGGGAAGAGUCUAUAUGACCGCCUCAACGCGGCAUUCAAGUGAAUCGAGUGUUUUGACAGCGUCAUUUUAGGCUGACGUCUGUCACAAAACUGCCAUUUUGUAAUAAAAUUAAGAGGAACUAGAAAGAAGCGGCUGCAAUUCAGUGAAGUUAGUGUUAUGAAAUUUAAACGCCUAGUUAUAAAAGACAAAUGAAAGAUACUUUUUAUGUUCGCCCUCAUUUCGGAUAUUUAAGUUACUUAUUCAGCGUGUUUGUUCCCAGUGCCACUUCGGUUCGACAGCAGCAUCAGCAGUUUCUGCAAGUUCGAAGUGCAAAACCACCGUGAGAAACGUGACAGUGACUAUAUUUUACUUAAUUUUCUGUUCCUUUUCGAAGGAACUAAUUUUAUAUAAUACCAAGGCACCAUUGACGUACAUUCCAUACACCAUCAAGCAGCAAAAGAUAAGGACAAACUAAACCAACAUAUUAAUUAUUAAUUUUUAUCUAGAGUACUUAGUCCUGUUUCAUUAAUUGCAUAUAACAUGUAAUUGUAUUUAAAAAUAGGGGUUUGGCCUCGCGGAGUGAUACAACAAGAGCCACUCUGUUGUACCGAAGCUGCUGCGUCACUAGAAUACAACAAAACGCCUGUCUGUAAAUACGUUAUGUAUUCUAUUCAAAUGAAGGGAACAGAGUUUUGAAAAUUGUUCAUUUUUUUCAGAUUAGUGUAUCACAGACUUGUAGCAUCAUGUCUACAUUAUUAAUAUUGUUUAGGCCACGUUUCAUAUAGGGAUGUAAUAGCUGAUAGCUGCCGCCAUACUAAUGAUGAAAGAUCUUAACCUUGAAGUAUAAAAUUUCUAAAAUGAAUAUAGGUCAUCACUGCUCUAAAACAAGUCACAAUUCCUUACUGUACACCAAGCUUAAGGUCCUUCUCAGUAUACACGUUAUAUAUGUGACAAAGAAAUAAAAUGGUGUUCCAUUUUUGUAUAGUACGGGACAACCACAGUCUUUUGUGGCGACUGUUGCACAUCUCGUAUGCGCUAGUAUCACUGGACGUAACAUGGCGACGUCCUCUGACACAGCGUUGUACACUACAACGAGACUGUUUGUUAAAACGACGUUUUCCACGGUGAAAAGUCAUAGUCAUAUUGCUCAACAAACAAACCAAAAAUAUAUUGUAAAAUAUACUAUUAAAAUACAUACAUUUUACAUGGCAGGUGACUCACCUGCUAGUAGGUUCAAGAGUGGUUUGUGGCUCUAAGCAAUAUCUGGGCUGCCUGGUCCAUCCCACCUUCACCCCAACCCCCACCACUACCGCACCGUCUCAAUCACUCGCUCUCCACCUGAAAUAAAAUUCUAGAGUACAUUUUUACCAGCACAUCUCACUGACCCAGUCAUUAGCCCGACAGAUGUCCUUAUUAAGCCGCCGCUGAUGAGUGGUCAACACAUUACAUGCACCAUCACACACACACAGAAUCCACUGUUCCUCACUAGUGAAUUUUUGAUGAGAUCAAGCCCCAGCAAGAUCUAAAAUGAUCAUGCCAAUAUCUGCAGAUAUAUAUAUAUAUAGACUAUAUAUUAAUUCUAAAGGACUAAGAGAUGAAAGCAGUGCUCCCGUGUUUAACGAAAGGGAAAGAAAAUUGUUAUGCUCUGGAAAGCUUUUAGAUCCAAUUUCUUGUAGACAUCAGUGCUUCUAUGUGAAGAAAACAAAAUAUUGUGUUUAUAUGAAAUAAAAAUGAAAACAUUGUAAAGUAAAACUGCAGUAUAUUUUGUGGGGAACGAGCUCACUACUGAAUAUUCUAAAGAAGAAGAGGAAGUUAGUAGAAACUUCAUAUAAAUAUUUGUUUGUCGUUUUUAUUUCAAUAAAAGCUAAUAAGAAUCUGUC